CAUACAGAUGGGGAAAUGACAUCUUAAAACGAACCCUUAUUAUUACAUCGUAAAGGAAAAUCAUUAAGAGAUAUCCUAAUAAGAGCUUAAUUUUGAGGGCAGAGACAAUUAAGACCGAUUGUUCUUACCCGCUUCCUGAUCAAGACUAAAACAUCACGCCAAUAGCUGUGAGGUUUUAGCCAAGAAAUUUGAGAAGUGAUUAAAAGACAUCGGUCGGCAAGUGGUCGGCACGCUGACACCGUUACAACUCUGACCGGGUCACCAGUGUUGUGUUUGUCUCACACAGUUCGUCUCCUCAACACUGGUGUAGUGUAUUGAGAACAUAGUAAAAGAGCACUUGUACCAAUGUUAGUGAUAUUAUUAUAGGGCUACUGAACGAUGUGAAAGUACUGUAAUAAAGUAACAUGAUAAUGAUAAAAUAAUAAUAAUAAUAAUUUAAUAGUACCACUGUGGUACUCUCAGAGUAUUCUGAAGCCACUUUACGAGAACAAGAGAGGAAAGGCAUUCUGGGACAUAUCACUAUCUGCAGAACACGUGGAGGUGAGAAGCAACAGGAUAGACCGCUGUACGGUUAGAGACAAGGAAAGGAAGUAGUGUUACUUGAGAGGACGAACAAGUACGCCCCUCUGCGGUACGAAUUAAGGAGAUACCCAGAGUACAAGAUUGAGCAGUAUGACAUCAUAAUGGACGAACUUGGCGAGAGCUCGCGAAGGGUCAAGGAAAGCAUACGCCCACUGGUUGGAAGUGGCCGAUGUCACUGAGUGCUAAGGAGCAUGCAGAAAGCUGAAGUCUCGAGCUCCCUUAAUAUUGCCAGGACUUUCAAGAUCCUAUCGGACUAAGUUCUUCCACCUACGUUAGUUUCAAGUAUAGGUCUUAAACAUUUAUCUCCAUUUUAGGGUCCAUGGGUGUACCAUUUUUGAACUCUUAAGUUUAUUUGUGUCUGGACUUUUAAGGUGCUAUCGGACUAAGUUCCUUAAACGACGCUAGGUUCAAGGAUAGUUUUAAUAGGUUGAUGGAACAUUUUUUUUACUUUUAGGGUCUAGGGGCACACAACUUUUAAAGUUUGGCUUUAUCUAUGUAGUAGUGAUAAUUGAACAGGCUACGCCUUUGGCGCCCUAUAUCAAUUUUAUUUGUAAUCUGAAGCAUUCUGAAGUGUAAACUUUGAUAAUAAUUCAAUUUAGCUAUGGACAUUCCACGAGGUGGCUUUUCUUGUCCACUGUUUCCAGAUCGAAUUGGAAUUUAGAAUGUUGUUUUAUGUGGAGGGAGGAAAACCGGAGGACCUGAAGAAACUCUCUCUCGGAGCAAGGACGAAAGCCAACAACAACUUAACCACAUGUGAGACCAGCAACUUUCUUGAUACCAUACUUCGUGAUGCUUGCAAUCAAUGGGAUCCCUUUGUUUUAUAUGGAACUUGCAAUCGGCCAAUACCUGAGUCUUGGAACUGUUGGAGCCUGGACAGCUCUCUGUCCUAUAGCCAGAGGUAUUGGAUUUGGAAUGAUCAUGGUUUCUUUUCUGGUAUCCGUCUACUACAAUAUGAUCAUCGCCUGGUGUCUUCUCUACAUGUUUCAAUCCUUCAGGAAAGACGUACCGUGGAGAACUUGUGAUAAUGAAUGGAACACUCCUCUUUGCCAAACAACGAGAAGAAAUAUUUCAUUGAACUGCACAGCUCUAGGCUUUGCCGCUGACUGCAAGAGCACCAGCCCAUCUGAGGAAUUCUUUAACAAUAACAUCCUACAGAUAUCCAACGGCUUGUCUGACAUCGGGGAUGUGAGUUGGCAAAUUGUCUUGUGUCUGAUUCUUGCUUGGGUCAUAGUCUACCUUUGCCUCAUAAAGGGAGUGAUAUCCUCUGGAAAGGUUGUUUACUUUACUGCUACUUUUCCAUACGUCGUACUUUUUAUCCUAAUGAUCCGCGGGGCCACUCUGGAUGGUUCGUUACAAGGUGUAGAGUUUUACCUCGAACCAGAUAUCGAAAAGCUGAAGGAUCCACAGGUUUGGGUUCGAGCUGCGUCACAGAUCUUUUACUCCCUCGGGGUAGGAUUUGGAUCAUUGAUAACAUUUGGAAGCUAUAACAGAUUCAAUAACAACUGUGAAAGGGAUGCCAUCAUCGUAAGCGUAAUAAAUUGCGGUACAAGUUUCUUCGCGGGAUUUGUGGUGUUCAGUGUUUUAGGGUUCAUGGCUAAGACGUUGGACGUUCCAGUGGGGGAAGUGGUUACAUCAGGUCCCGGGCUCGCAUUUGUGGGUUAUCCAGAGGCCAUUUCACAGAUGCCUUUAAGCUCAUUAUGGGCGAUCUUGUUCUUUUUCAUGUUGCUUACCCUUGGGUUGGACAGUCAGUUCGCUAUGGUGGAGUGUGUCGUAACAGGGCUUUCAGAUGAGUAUCCAAAAUACCUCAGAAAAUACAAGUGGAUAUUUCUUAUUGGCGUGUGCGUGUUGUUGUUCCUGCUCGCUAUACCUAUGUGCGCCGAGGGCGGCAUGUACCUGUUCAACUUAUUCGACGCCCAGUCAGGCGGUAUCUCGCUUCUUUUCAUUGGAUUUUGCGAGGCAGCCAUAAUAGGCUGGGGAGUUGGCACAGAGACUCUCGGUGACAUGAUUGAAAAGAUGAUUGGCAAGCGUCCUAAUAUCUUCUUCUUGAUUUGCUGGAAAUACGUUUCCCCUAUUGCUACUCUGGUAAUUAUUCUGGCGAGUUUGAUUCAAUGGUCCGGUCUCUCGUACGAUGACAAGCCUUACUCUGCGGGGGGGGAAUUCUUGGGGUGGGUACUGGCAAUUUCCUCAAUGAUAAUGGUUCCAGCAUUCGCGAUUGUCCAGUACAUUUACGCCUCCAGAGUAAAUACCGUACUCGAAAAACUGAAGUCGUUACUUGUUCCAAAUGAACACGCAUUUAAAGAGGUCGAGGAGAAAGAGGGAAUCUCACAGAAGAAGUUGGAGAUUAAGUGAAACCACUCAUUAGCCUGCAUCUCCCGUCCUGCAUCAUUAGUGACGUGUUUGCAAUGUAAACCUUUUAAAAAAAGUUAGAAAAGCUGUUCUAGUUUGGUUUUCUUAAAACUUUUCUUACCUUCUCUGGAAAUAUUGCCUGACAUCUAUAGUAGCUGCGACAGUACUUAAAAGUAGUCUUAUAUAGAGACGUUAUAUAUAUAUAGAUAGAUACGAUAGCGAGUCCGAUAGAUAGUGUCGACUAGGACAUUACUGCCGGAAUCUCGGGUUAAGAAAAUUUUUUUUAGUAAUUUUAUUGAUUUAAAGAUAAAGAGAGUAAUAAGAAUUUUUUUUAGGGGGGGGAGGGUCAUUGUCAUUAGCAAUUCUGGAGUGCCCCUUAAUUUCUCGUUUGAUUUGAAUUGUUUUUGAGUAAUUUGAUAUAGCUCUUGUGCAAUAUCGGGUCUUUUCUUUGAAAAGAAAAAAAAGAAUACAUACACCGAUGCUCGGUAAUACUACAUUUUAAAGAGCGUUUAAUACCUCAAGCUUACUGAUCAAUUUUGUUGCCAUAAAAUGUAACGCACAGAAAUAAUAAUGAGAGAAUUACAGCUUGAAACAAUUUAAAGGGAUUACGAAUGCCGAGCUUAGCAUACUCUUUCCAAUUUGCCAAAAACCAGGAGGUUGCUCCGCUAAGCCUUUGAACCGCUAUAAAUGACUAGCAUCUAAUUUUUCUUUCAAAAUCACUCCUGAAUCACACAUUAAAGUCACGAGAAUAAGGGCCUGAUAACGCAAACCGGGCUCGCCCGUUUGGCUGGGCUGGCUCCGAGACCUCGUCACUUUUGUUUUACGGUUGGGCGGGAUCCCGCUGCGUUAAACGAAAGUGACGAGAUCUCGGCAAAACACUGGCUAAACUGAGCCAGCCCGGCUCAUGAAAUCAGGCCCUAAAGGAAAUGAUUCCCAACUAAAGAAGCUCUUGAUUGUUAAACAAAUUGUCCUUAUCAGCUCCUUAGGAAAUUUAUAGAAAACAGUACAUAGAAUGUUUAUACUCUUGUUAGUGUUAAAUGUUUUAAAACUUAUUGUAGUAUUGACGUUUGGAAACACUGUCAUUUUCAGUAUCUUUUUAUGAAUUUUCUAACUGGUGUGGGUAAUAUUAUUUGAUGGUUUGUAAAAUAAACCUUUGACUGAAAGAA